CUGAUGAAACAAAUUAAUAAUCUAGUUUCUCUCUCUAAAAUCUUUCUCUCUCAUCAUGGAAGGAUACUCCAUAUUCUCCUCUUCCACCAACUCAUCAACUUCAUCACCAUCCAAUAACACUAAUUUUAUUAUUCCCUUCUCAUUAAACCAACAAGUUUCAAGCACUUCCAAUAACAGCCUUGAUCAUUUUGAUCAUGAUCAUCAUCAUCAUGUAGGAUCUUUGAUGAUGAUGAUGGAUGAUCAUCAGAUUCAUCAACCAUCAAUGGCUGUCGUUCAAUCUGAUCAUCAUCAGUUCAAAGUAAAUAAUAAUGAUCAAAACAAGAGGCAGAUGGUAAUUAUGGAGAAUGAUAAUCAUAAUUAUAAUAAUCAUAAGAUGAUUAAGAAAGGAUCGUUGGAAAAGAAGGCAAAGAAACAUAGAUAUGCAUUUCAAACAAGAAGCCAAGUUGAUAUUCUUGAUGAUGGUUAUAGGUGGCGAAAGUAUGGUCAAAAAGCCGUUAAGAAUAACAAAUUUCCAAGGAGCUACUACAGGUGCACAAAUGAAGGAUGUAAUGUGAAGAAACAAGUUCAACGUCUUUCCAAUGAUGAAGGAGUUAUUGUUACUACUUAUGAAGGAACUCAUUCUCAUUCUAUUGAAAGAUCUACCGAUAAUUUUGAGCAUAUUUUAAAUCAAAUGCAAAUUUAUACUUCUUAUUAAUUUAUUUAUUAGGAUCUAAUUUAUUUAUGUGUACUUCUAUGUUGUAUCAAACUAUAAACCCUAGCUAGUAUCCACAAUAAGAAUUAUUAGUUAAUACUCUUUAAUUUGUAACUGUAGUAUCAGUGUGCUUU